GGGGUUCUAGUCAGACUUGGUUCGUCGCACUCGCUGUGACUCGCGUUACCGGACCGAGACCGAGGGCAUCGUGUGAGGAAAGCGGCCCAGCGGCGGCACCGUGAGCCCGGGGGGAGCCCGCCUGCCGUCCUCGUUCCCCGCUCCGUCCUUUCCGAGUGACGAUGCGUCGGCCCGAGCCCGGGGAGGAUCAAUGCCGGGCCCUUCCCUAGGAUGUCAGCCGAGGACAAGAGCCUAGAGUCCGCCUGUGAGCAGCCCGGGCCCCCGGCGGCCCCUGCCAGCCCCGCAGCCACGGACAGGAGACCCCGGGGCCGCCCAAGGAAGGAUGGAGCCCGCAAGAAGCCUCGGAGUAGAGGAAAAUCUGCGUUGGAGGAUGAAGAUAGCAUGGAUGGGAUUGGUGCAGCAGAACCCGAGAACUCUGCCGACAAAGACCUUAAGGAACUACCUACAGAGGAUGGAGCGCAGACUGAGGCCGCUAGCAUCACACAGCUAACACCUGCCCUCCAGCGCUCCUUAUCGGAGGAGUCUGAGCACUCCACCGUCUCAGUGGGAAUUGAAGCCAAAACCAGUGAACAACUUUGCGCCUUCUGUUACUGUGGUGAGCGAAGUCUCUUGGGCCAGGGGGAGUUAAAGCAGUUUAGUCCAACACCGGGCUAUCUUCUUCCAUGGAUAACCCAGAGUGAACAGAAAGAAGCAGAAGACGGGAGUGGAACCUGUAAUAUCACCGUACGGGCAGCGAAGCAAAGAACGCAAAAUAAAGCAAAAUCUCCACAACACAAUGCCACCUGUAAAAGUGUAAGCACCCAAACUGCAUCUGAUGAACCAACCAUCAAAUUCUGGGAUGAGCCUGGUCAAGUUGGCCUGCCAGAUGACAUCAAUGUCCAAGCCUUAUUUGAGUCAACAGGUCACUGCUGGGCACAUCACCGCUGUGCGGAAUGGUCUCCAGACGUGUGCCACACCGAAGAUCAAAGACUGGUCAAUGUGGACAAAGCGGUUGUCUCAGGGAGCACAGAAAGAUGUGCAUACUGUAAGCACCUUGGAGCUACUAUCAAAUGCUGUGAAGAGAGCUGUUCGCAGACAUACCAUUACCCUUGUGCGGCUGGAGCGGGCGCGUUUCAGGAUCUGGCGUGUUUAUCUCUUCUUUGCCCAGAACACAUCGAUCAGGCACUCGAGAGAUCUAAAGAUGAUGCCAACUGCGCUCUGUGUGACAGCUCCGGAGACCUGUUAGACCAGCUGUUUUGCACCACAUGUGGCCAGCAUUACCACGGGAUGUGUUUGGAUAUUGUGGUAACUCCAUUAAAGCGAGCAGGAUGGCAGUGUCCAGACUGCAAAAUCUGCCAGAACUGCAAACACUCUGGAGAUGACAAUAAAAUGCUUGUGUGUGACACCUGUGACAAAGGCUAUCAUACAUUUUGCCUGCAACCUGUUAUGGACUCUGUACCAACAAAUGGCUGGAAGUGUAAGAACUGCAGAAUAUGUGCUGAGUGCGGGACACGAACCAGCUACCUUUGGCAUCUCAACUGCUUAAUGUGUGACAGCUGUUUCCAGCAGCAUGGCAACGUGUUGUGCCCGCUCUGUGAAAAACCCUGCCAGCCCGACUUGCACAAAGAUACGCUGCAUUGUCAGAUGUGCAAGAGGUGGAUUCAUCUAGACUGUGAAAAAUGUACAGAAACUGAUGUAGAAGAUCAGUCAAAAGAAGACUAUGUGUGUACAUUGUGCAAGCAUUUAGAGGCGGAGGAGGACCCGGCUGAAGAAUGUAUUGUAAUGGAGGUCACAGAGUCUGAUCAUAUUUGCACAGGAGAGAUGGAGGUGGAUAUAAGUGGAAAAAAUGCAUUUCAAGAUGAAGCACUUAAUCACGACAAUUUUGUUCCAGGUUCUGCCAUGAUUUGUGUCAAUGAAGCGACACAGGAACAUACAGAUAAAGCGGACUUGGAAAGUGAGAUUGUCCAGUCUGCUGAUACAGAAGAAUUUAUGGACACUUCACAUUCUGAGUCUAUGCACAUUGUACACAAAGAGAAUGCAGAAGAGAGUUCUGAGAAAGGAGAGGACCCAUCAAAGCCUCUGUGUCUUCAGGAGGAACCAAAUAAACUUCUACAGCACAGAGAAGAGAGUCCCAUCAAAGAUAAAAAUGAACCACAAACUAUUUCUUCUGUCCCGGAGGUUUCAGAUGCACCCGAACCUCCCCAGUCUGAGAGCAAGGGUGAUUCUUGUUCCAGAUUAGAUGAGCACUUUGAAUGCGUUGGAGGUUAUGAGCACAUUUCAUUAAAAAAAGAUGAUCCUCUCGUAUCCGAAGGCACCGAUCUGCUGGAAGUGGAAACCACUCCUACUAGUGAAACUUUUACGGCGUCCAGUUCACCUUUAGGGGAUAAAACUUUGAAAUCACCUACAGAUAUGGAUUCCCCAGUCACAUCUGUUGAUACCAGCAAGACCAGCGUUUCAUCCUCACCAGCAGUUUCUGUAGACUUUCAUUCUUCAAAUGACAUGUUUCAAAGUCACACACCGGUCCAUAGUUUUAGCACAGGAAAUGCCUUGUCAACUACAUUCAUCUCUGUGACUCCAAAAAUCGGCAUGGGUAAGCCAGCUAUCACCAAAAGGAAGUUUUCUCCUGGCAGACCAAGAUCCAGACAGGGGGCUUGGAGUACCAAUAAUACAGUGAGCCCACCUUACUGGUCGCCAGACGGCUCAGAGGGUUGGGACAUUUAUAAAACGAGACCGCUUCUUGGCAGCCCAUUGUGGAGCAUCAAAGUGGGUCGAGGCUCAGGAUUCCCAGCUAAGAGACGACCGCGAGGUUCUGGACUCUCAGGACGUGGUGGAAGAGGCCGUUCCAAAUUAAAAGCUGCCAUAAGCAACUUCAUAAUUCCAGGGGUAACCACCAUCGAAGCUUCCUCAUACAGAGAAGAGGAGGAGACCUCCAUGCACAAUACUGUUGUUUUAUUUUCCAGAAGCGAUAGGUUCACUCUGCAUCAGGAUAUGUGCCUGGUAUGUGGGAGCUUCGGCAAGGGGGCUGAAGGUCGAUUGCUGGCCUGCUCUCAGUGCGGCCAGUGCUACCAUCCAUACUGUGUCAGUAUUAAGAUUACCAAGGUCAUCCUUCGCAAAGGCUGGCGCUGCUUAGAGUGCACAGUGUGCGAAGCCUGCGGGAAAGCGACGGAUCCAGGAAGGUUACUUCUCUGCGAUGACUGCGACAUCAGCUACCAUACCUACUGCCUGGAUCCCCCAUUACAAACUGUUCCCAAAGGAGGUUGGAAGUGCAAAUGGUGUGUCUCAUGCACGAAUUGCAAAGCAAUAACACCAGGGUUAAGAUGUGAGUGGCAGAACAAUUACACGCAGUGCGCACCCUGCGCAAGCUUAUCCACGUGCCCUGUCUGCUGUCAGAACUACAUCGAGGGCGACCUCAUUCUUCAAUGCAGACAAUGCGACCGGUGGUCACAUGGGAGUUGCCAGAAUCUAAGUUCUGAAUUGGAAGUGGAAAUGGCAUCAGAUAGUGGAUUUGACUGUGCUAUGUGCAAGCCAUUCGGCUCACCACCUCGUGAAGAAUGCGAAUCACCGAUUGAUGCUCAGAUUGUCCCAAAAACUAGAGAACCAGAUCCCUUGAAAACAUUUACCCAAGAUGGAGUGUGCCUGACUGAGUCAGGUCUGUCACAGCUACAGAGCUUAACGAUCACUGUAGCACGGAGGAAAAGAUCAAAACCAAAACUCAAGUUAAGGAUCAUUAACCAGAACAGUGUGGCCGUUCUUCAGAUGCCACCGGAUCCGCUAUCGGAACAUUCCCGUGAUGGGGAGAUGGAUGACAGCAGAGAAGGUGAUCUUAUGGACUGUGAAGUAAAAUCUGACUCCAGCCCAGAACGGGAGCCUAUAGAGGAUGACAUAAAAUCAGUGGAACCUAUGGAUGCAUUGAAGAAAAGGAAAAGAAAGCCAUACAGACCGGGGAUUGGUGGGUUUAUGGUGCGUCAAAGAAGUCGAACUGGUCAAGGGAAGUCCAAGAGAUCUCUCUCCAGGAAAGAUUCUUCUGGUUCGGUCUCAGAGCUCCUUCCAGGCAGAGAUGAGAGUUGGAAUGAACAAUUACCAGAAAUUAAUGUAGAUGAAUCUAUUCCUGGCUCAGAUAAUACAGACAAAAUAAAGAAACGCUAUCGGAAAAAGAAAAACAAACUGGAAGAAACAUUCCCUGCGUAUUUACAGGAGGCCUUCUUUGGACGAAAUCUCUUGGAUACAAGCAAACAGAACAAGACCAGCAUAGAGCACUUUUCUGAGGACGCCUCACAACAUUUGUUUAAAGCAAAUGCCAACACUUCCUUCCUGGAUCCAUCCUCUGAUCCGUUACUUAGCUCUGCUGCACCUUUAACACCUUCCAAGCACAAUGAAGGUGGUCCCCCAGAUUCCCUCACCGAUCUCUCCGAGGUGCUUAACACAGACGAUGAUCUUCUUGGAAUCCUUUCUGAUGACCUUGCAAAAUCUGCAAAUCAAUCUGGUAUGUCUUCAAAAGGUCUUGAUUUAUGCACUUUCCAGGUCGUGAGUUCAUCCUCUCCUUUUGCCGGGCUUGACAUAAGCGCCAUGUCUGAUGACUCUUCAUCUCUGCCCCAUACAAGCGUCACCCAUAGCUCCCGGCCUUUAAGCGAAGACCAGUUGGAUGGGAUUUUAAGCCCAGAGCUGGAUAAAAUGGUCACAGAUGGUGCAAUUUUGGGAAAACUCUAUAAAAUUCCAGAGCUUGAAGGAAAAGAUGUUGAAGAUUUAUUUACUGCUGUGCUGAGUCCUGUAGCUACUCAUCCGCCAUCUAUGCCACCCUCAGCUCCUUCUCAUCCUCAUCCACAUACACCGCUUUUGCCUUUGCAGAACCAGGGUGAUGGUCUUUUUUCAAGAAUGCCUUUGAAUGGGUUAAUGCCACCCAAUGCACAUCUGCAACACAACCCCCUGGUUUCAGGACGUGGGCUCAGCACUUUCUCACCUUUAAACCAGCCGCCAUAUGCUGAUAACAGGGAUAAGAAGCCCUUGUAUCAAGGAAUGGUGAGUGAUCCUGGUAGUAUGUGGAACGUGCAGCCUCCUAUUAUGGAGUCAGAAGGUGAUACCAUGUCCAAUGCACAGCGGAGCACACUGAAGUGGGAGAAAGAGGAGGCACUGGGCGAAAUGGCAACAGUCGCUCCUGUGUUAUAUACGAAUGUCAAUUUCCUGAAUCUGAAGGAAGAAUUUCCAGAUUGGACUACACGGGUAAAGCAAAUCGCUAAACUUUGGAGGAAAGCAAGCUCUCAAGAAAGAGCACCUUAUGUGCAAAAAGCCAGGGAUAAUCGGGCAGCCUUACGCAUAAAUAAGGUGCAAAUGUCUAAUGACUCAUUAAAACGGCAACCACAUGACAUUAUCGAACAGAAUUCCCGAAUAGAAUCAGACCUUUUUAAAGAUCCUCUGAAGCAAAGAGAAUCUGAACAUGAACAGGAAUGGAAAUUCAGACAGCAAAUGCGCCAGAAGAGUAAGCAACAGGCGAAAAUCGAAGCCACCCAAAAGCUUGAGCAAGUGAAGAAUGAGCAGCAACAGCAGCAGCAGCAACAAUUUGGAUCCCAGCAUCAUUUGAGCCAAUCUGGAAGUGAUACCCCAAAUAGUGGGGUACAGAGUCCUUUAACACCCCAGCAGGGCAGCAUCUCCCCCCUUCAGCAGUCUUUUAGUAAAGAUGGUUUUUCCAAGCACUCACUGCCCGGCACUCCCUCAUACUCUGAUGAUGUUUUUUUAAAACCUCAAGCUCCUCCUCCAACCCCAACCAGAUUACAGUUACAGGACCCCCUCCAGUUAUCUCAAGCAUCCCAACCACAUUCACCACAGAUGUUUUCGCCUGGAUCUUCAAAUUCCCGACCAACAUCUCCUGUUGAUCCAUAUGCAAAAAUGGUUGGGACACCAAGACCUCCACAGAGCUAUUCCAGAAGGAACUCUGGCUCCCCCAUGGAUAUUUGCUCUUCCAGAUCAAUCACCAGCAGUGAUGGAGCAGAUAAUAGACCAUCCCCAGUCAGAGAUUCGUGCUCUUCCCCCAUCAGCAGUGACCCAUCUCUAACGUUUGCAGAUUCUCAAAGAUCCUUAAUGACACCAGAACAAUUCUCCAAACCAUUGACAUUAGUAAGGAUGUCUAUUAAUGCAGACCCAUCUGGAGACAAUUCAUUAGUGCCUGGAAACAAUGACCAUUUUACAAAGUUUUCUCCUAGGUCAGAAAGGUUUCAAAGGCAACCUGUGGUUUCUGCUAAAAUGUUUGAUCCAUAUUCAAGGCCACCUCUAACUCCUACGCCUGGUGUUUCAGAAGGUAGCCCCGCACCAUUUAAAACCCCAUUGCGUCCACCUCAGUCCCCUCAGGAUGCUUACAGUUCAAUGCCCACAACACCAAGACGCAUGUCUGCAGAUCCAUACGAUAGACCUGUUUUGACCCCAAGACCUGACAGCUUCUCACAUGAGCUUUACAACCAAACUGUGUCUCUUAGUCGUUCUGGAUUGAAUGAUUCAUUUACUCAUCCACCUAGGUUUAUGAGACAGCACAGUGACCCUGUUUCCCAAUCAAUUUGUCAGUCAAAGCCAAGUACACAGGAUCCAUAUGCACAACCUCCUGGAACACCCCGUCCAGUAACUAACCCCUACUUGCCAUCUCCUACACCUCAAAGACCUGUUGACCCUUACCUCCAACAGCCUUCAACUCCAAGACCAUCUGCACAAUCAGUUGAUCCUUACAGCCAGCAGCCGUCUACGCCUAGACCAGUUAUAGGAGAUGUGUUUGUUCAGCCUUCUUUAAAUAAGCGACACCAUGAUCCUUUUUCGCAGUCAAUAGUUCUCAGGCCUGUUAUGGAUCCAUACUCCCAGCCACCUAGAACUCCGAGGCCAAUAACUUUAGAUCCUUAUUCUCAACCACCUGGAACACCAAGACCAGCUCCUUCUGAUUCAUAUUCCCAGGCACCUGGAACACCUAAGCCAAUUCCAUCAGAUCCCUAUUCUCAACCUCCUGGGACACCACGGCCGAUUCCAUCAGAUCCAUAUUCUCAGCCACCUGGGACACCACGACCCAUUCCAUCAGAUCCCUAUUCUCAGCCACCUGGGACACCACGGCAAAUUCCAUCUGAUCCCUAUUCUCAGCCACCUGGGACACCACGGCAAAUUCCAUCUGAUCCCUAUUCUCAGCCACCUGGGACACCACGGCCAAUUCCAUCAGAUCCCUAUUCUCAGCCACCUGGGACACCACGGCCAAUUCCAUCAGAUCCCUAUUCUCAGCCACCUGGGACACCACGGGCAAUUCCAUCAGAUCCCUAUUCUCAGCCACCUGGGACACCACGGCCAAUUCCAUCAGAUCCCUAUUCUCAGCCACCUGGGACACCACGGCCGAUUCCAUCAGAUCCCUAUUCUCAGCCACCUGGGACACCAAGACCUGUUCAAAUAGACUCUUAUUCCCAGCCUUCCCGAACCCCUAGGCCUGUUCUGUUGGAUCCAUAUGCUCAACCACCACGAACACCAAUGCCUGGUGCUCCAGAAAACUUUAAUCAUUCUCCUCUUGUUAGGACUGGUCUGCUUUCCAACCAUGAUGCCUUCCUGCAGCCUCCUCAAAACAGAGGGCCUGCCGUACAGCCUCAUUUUAUAAGACCAUCAGAUCGAAAUCCUCAAAAUAGACUAUCCGGUCCAGGUUCAUCUGACAUGUUUGGUCCUGCACAUGAUCCUUAUGAUCAGCCGCCAAGGACACCUCGAAUGCAUGCCAUGGACACAUUCAGUGAAAACCAUGAUAUUGCUGAACAAAGAUCUCUAUCAGAGGAGCAUUUCGGCAUCCCUCCUAAUAUGCCGGGUAGUCCUCAGGAUCAGCAGUUUUCUACCAUGCAACAAGGAGGCGCUGCUGGGAUUUCUGAUGCACAGAAUUCACAGGUAGACUCUGAAGAGAAACUUAGACAGCGUCAAAAGCUGCGAGAGCUCAUUCUGCGACAACAACAACAUAAAAAUGCUGUACGUCAGGAAAAGGCAUUGGCUGAUCCACUGCAAAUAACACAAGGUGGGCACCCUAUCCAGUGGCAGCAGGAAACCCUCAAUCGGCCAAAUGAGGUGUUUAAUAGGCCACCACCACCUUACCCUGGCAAUGUUAGAGUCCCACUUGGGCCAAAAGGAAGCCCACGGUUUACCACGUAUCCCAAAGAGCAACGAGCACCAUAUCCUGGAAAUGGACAGUACAGUAGGCCACAACUUACAGGAGAUGUUUCCAACUUGGGCCAGAUGAGGCCACCGUCUGGACAUAGAUUUCCAUUUCCUUUGGGUCCUGGUUCUGUAAUAGGCCAUGAGCGCUUUUUAGGACCUUCAUUACAAAUGCAAGUUCCUGGAAGUUCUCAGCAAUUGAGAAGAGACAUGUCUAUUGAAUUGACUAGACCUUCAAAUAACCCCCAAAUGAAUAAUUCUGUUAGUCUUCCUCCACACUUUCCCCACCAAGGAAUGCAAGUUCAGCAGCAUAAUAUUUCUGGUCAGGCAUACAUUGAACUAAGACACAGGCCACCAGAUGGCAGACCAACGAUCCUUUUUGGUCCACCUCCUAAUUUAGUGGGUACAACUUCUCAGCAUCCAAGACAUGGGGGUUAUGUUAUAAGACAAAAUUUUCAAGGGCAAAGGCUGAUGAACCCAACACGCGUUCCUCAUUCUGGUAUGAUAAACCAAAUGCACAUGGCUUCAAAUAUGGAACAUUUAAUGCAGUCUUCUCAACAAGGUCACAUAAAUCCAGAACAUCAGUCUGUUCUCCUGAUGCAUGGAAUGGGCCAACACAUGAAUAAUGAUAUGUACUUAUCAGCUCCUAUAUCUACAUCUAAUUCAAAUGAGGAUACCAGCAGCUUACAAAUUGGAAACCAGACUUCAAAUGGGUUGGAGGAGAAACUUGAUCAAGAUGACCCCUCUGAUAAAGAUUUGGACGUAAAGGAUCUGGUUGGUGUUGAAGUUAAAGAUUUAGACGAUGAAGACCUUGAAAAUAUCAAUUUAGAUCCAGACGAUGGAAAGGGCGAUGAGUUGGAUGCACUAGAUAAUCUGGAAACAAAUGAUCCUCAACUAGAUGACCUUCUAAGGUCAGGUAAAUUUGAUAUUAUCGCUUACACAGAUCCAGAGCAUGAUAUUGAAGAUAAGAAAGACCUGUUCAAUGAAGACUUGGACCUUGGUGAGGCAAUGGAUGAAAAGUUGGAAAUUCAAUGUCCGAAUGAAGACGUUAAAGUAAGGGAAGAACCUGAAAAAAAGAUAACUUCUCCUAAUUUACUUUCACCACAGCAUGUAACCAGCGCACCUCACAAAAUAAAAACAGAGAUAAUCUCUCCAAGUACAACAGAUAAAUCUGUGUCUGAAAUGCAGAGUGAUCAGAGUAUGGAGGCAGCAAACACUCAACAACAUGAAGAAGUAGCUGCCAUAGCAGCAUGCAUUGGUGAGCCAUCAGAGACUGGAGUUCAGGAGAGCAUGCCUAAUCCAAAUCUAACUGAAGGUACAACACAAGCAUCUGCACAAGAUGUUUUAGGUUCUUGCGACCUACCAGAAUCCUCACCCGUUCUAACAAGCCUGUUAAAGAGUGACCAGUCGGAAUCUGCUGACAUGCAAACAAUGGGUACGCCACCUGGUACCACACCAGCAAUUCUGACUAGUUCUCAAACUGGUGUUUCCCAAAAUGCAGUACCUUCUGGUCAAGCUAUGGACCAUUCCUUAACUACAAACAUGGGACCAAGACUAAACCAUGACAUUUCACAGGAAUCCCCAACAAAUCCAGGUUUUAUUUCCAGUCAGCCAGGUGGACAUACUUUUGCCAGUGGGGAUCAAUCUAAUCAAGCCAUGCCUCUUGCUAGCCAACAAUGUCCUAGUGGCUUGCCUGGGUCACAGCAAAACCGUGAGAGGCCGCUCCUUUUGGAGGAACAGCCUCUAUUGUUGCAAGAUCUUUUGGAUCAAGAACGACAAGAACAGCAGCAACAAAGACAAAUGCAAGCAAUGAUUCGACAGCGCUCAGAGACAUGUUUUCCAAACAUUGAUUUUGAUGCAAUUACUGAUCCUAUAAUGAAAGCAAAAAUGGUGGCUCUAAAGGGCAUAAAUAAGGUGAUGGCACAAAACAACAUGGGCAUGCCGCAGAUGGUGAUGACCAGGUUUCCUUUUAUAACGCCACAAAUCCCAGGAACACAACCAGUUGAAGGUCCAAAUAUUGUCCAACAAGCAAAUGCUCAGGAUGGUAGCAUACCACCCCAAAUGAUCAGGCCCAGUCCUCUCAACUUUGGACCAGGAUUUGUUAAUGACUCUCAGAAACAGCAAUAUGAAGAGUGGCUUAAGGAGACACAGCAGCUUCUUCAAAUUCAGCAAAAAUUUCUAGAAGAUCAAAUUGGAGCUCACCGAAAAUCCAAAAAGGCGCUUUCUGCCAAGCAGCGUACGGCUAAGAAGGCAGGUCGCGAAUUUCCUGAAGAAGAUGCAGAGCAGCUGAAACAUGUCACUGAGCAGCAGAGCAUGGUCCAGAAGCAGCUAGAACAGAUCCGAAAACAACAGAAAGAACACACAGAGCUUAUUGAAGAGUACAGGAAUAAGCAGCAUUCUCAGUUUUCAGUGACCCCUUUGAUACCUGGAGUCCCACCACAACAAGCAUUGAUUCAGGGUGUACCACCAUCCAUGAACCAGCAAAGCCUCCCAAUUCCCCAAACACUGCACCCUGGGGGACUUAUCUUACCUGCACAACCCAGGAUGCCCAACUUACCAGGAUGGCAACCUUCAAAUAUGCCCAGAGCUCUUGUUCCUAUGACUGCACCUAGGAUGCAGCACCCAUUAAAUUCAGAUGUCCAGGGUCCAGUGGUUGCUAAUGCUGCUUCUAAUGCACCACCAAGAGUGGAAUUUGAUGACAACAAUCCAUUCAGUGAAACCUUUCAGGAGCGAGAGCGCAAAGAAAGGUUACGAGAACAGCAAGAGCGCCAACGAAUACAGCUCAUGCAAGAAGUCGAUCGUCAACGUGCUUUGCAGCAGAGAAUCGAAAUGGAGAAACAUGGCUUGGUUGCACCAGACUUGAAUAACAGACCUUUGCAGCAGAUGCCCUAUUUUACUUCUGAAUUACCCAGUGAAUUCAUGCAGUCUCCACAGUCACAAGCGCCAGUAGGCCUUGCUUUACCCCAUCAAAGCAUGCAGCAGGGUUCUCCUCCAACUACUCCAUUUAUCCAGACAUCUGAGAGGAGGCCACUGAAGCAGUCAUUUAAACAAGAAACUCAAUCUGUUUCUGGAGAACCCCAAUUUUCAGCAAUUAAACAAUCACCUGGAAAAAAAUCUGGUUCUGGGUUUGCACAGGCACAUCCUAGAUCUUCAUUUGUGUCUGGAAUCUCAUCUUCUCCAACAGCUGAUGAUGGGAAUUCUUCCAGUCAGAGCCUCUUUGCAAUUAAUACAUCUAAUUUUCAAGGGUCGAGUCAGUCCCUCAUUCAGGUGUAUUCUGAAAUAAUUCCUGAAGAAAAAGGAAAAAAGAAAAGACCUCGGAAAAAGAAAAAGGAUGAAGACGCUGAAUCUGUCAAGUCACCAUCAACUCCUCGUUCUGACACCACUGCACCAUUAACCCCAAGCCUUUCUGAUGCCUCAACCCCAGCAGUCAAUGUUCCCAGUGAACUCUGCUACCAAGAAGAACAUGCUGCUGAUUUAAUUCGUUCAUCAACUCCCAAAUGUGCAAAUAAGGACAAUAUGGAGUUGGAAGAUCCACUUUUGCCCACCGAUGUGAAGAAAAGAUUGAAAGAGACCAGUCUGGGCCAAGAUGCAGUCCCACUUCACACAAAAGAUAUUUUAAAAAUUCAAGAUAUAAAAUUGGAGCAAACAGAAGACCACCAGUCUCCUGAAGACACAGACAAUAAAAUAAAACAUUCUGUCGGACUUAAGACAGAAGAUGACAAAGCCACAUCGCACAAUGCACUUUCAUUGGAGAUACCUUCUUAUACAGCUUCUGGUCCCUCAGGAAAUGAAUUACUGAAACACUUACUCAAAAAUAAAAAGCAGCCAUUGCUUUUGCAUCAGAAAUCUGAGGAACAUGUACGAUCAGAAGAGGACUGUGCAAUUGAAGCAAAGAUAACUGAUAGGCCAAGCCAAAUGAAUGCGUUGCACGUUUCAGAAAUGAAAGAACCGCCAGACGGGUUUAAGAUUAACCAAAGCAUGCUCCACAGAACGGAUUUUGAUAUGGACAAGAAGAAACCGAGGAACAAACGUGUACAAAGGGCUGUGGAGAAAGCAACGCCGCGAUCCAAAAAGAGGAAGAAGGAAGAAGAGCAGAGGCCCGCCAUUUACAACAAUUCAGAAACAUUUACACAUAUAAAACAGCAACUCUCCUUGCUUCCCCUCAUUGAGCCGAUCGUAGGAAUGAAUUUUGCACAAUUUCUCCCUUAUGGAACCGGCCCAAUUAGUGCUGGGAGCCGCUUACUCGGUACCUUUGGCAGUGCCUCCCUGGAAGGGGUUUCAGAUUAUUAUUCCCAGUUGAUAUUUAAGCAAAAUAACCUUAGUAACCCGCCUACCCCGCCAGCAUCGCUUCCUCCCACCCCGCCGCCUGUGGCCUGCCAGAAGAUGGUAAAUGGUUACGCAACCACAGAAGAGCUUGCUGGGAAAGCUGCUAUUCUAGGUGGCCACGUUACCAAAGCUCUAGGGCCCAAACAAUUUCAGCUGCCUUUCAGGUCCCAGGAGGAUUUGAUAGCAAGAGCCAUGACUCAGGGACCAAAGUCAGUGGAUGUCCCUGCUUCUCUUCCCACCCCACCCCACAACAAUCAAGAGGAGUUACGGGUUCAGGAUCACUGUGAUGCCAGGGAUAGUCCUGACAGCUUUGUUCCCUCCUCGUCACCUGAGAGUGUGGUUGGCAUGGAAAUCAGCAGGUAUCCGGACUUGUCACUAGUGAAGGAGGAACCCCCCGACCCUGCAACGUCCCCCAUCAUUCCGAUCCUUCCCAGCAGCACAGGGAAAGGGUCUGAGGCCCGAGAUUUCGGAAUGAAGAGAGAGCCACCAUCCGUGUUCUUUGGAUCUCAAUUUGUACAAGUGCCCAAUGGUCCGAAAUCUGGUCUGAUCUCUGUGGCGAUCACUCUGCAUCCUACAGCAGCUGAGAAUAUCAAUGGAGUUAUGGCUGCAUUUGCUGACCUUCUGCAAGUUCGAAUGCCCACCAGCUAUGAAGUAAGUGGUGCAACAGAAGCACCUCCUGUCAUUUUAAUGAAUGGCCACAGAAUAAACUCCAAUAUGGACUACAGGCAGAUGUCACUUCUACGAUCUAGACCAGGAUCCAUUCCUCCAGCAAGACUGAUUGGCUCGUAUGGAAUGAAGCCACAAAACCUGCCAUUUGUACCAACUAGCAAUGGUGUCCCAGGAUACAAGCAUCACAAUCCAAGCGUCGGGGAUUCUCCUGUUCGGAAAGACUCGUGGUGUUCUCACUGCAAGGUAGUGGUGCUAGGAAGUGGUGUUAGGAAAUCACUGAAAGACCUGAGUUUUCUGAAGCAGGAGUUUCUUCAGAAUCCUGGAAGGGUGGAAGGGGACAUGGUCUUUUGUAGCAACAAUUGUUUCCUUUUGUAUUCUGCUGCACAACCCAAACACGGAGAAAGCAAGGAUCGCUCUUUAACACCGCCAUCAUUUAAAGCGGCUCAAUCAAAGUCAUGUCACCAGUACAACAACAACACGUCCACCAUAGACGUUCACUGUCUACCACUGCUGCAAACGAAAAUCUCCCCUCCUUCAUCCCCUCCAAUAGCAUUCCCUCCCGCUGCUUUUGAAACCGCUAAAGCUGCAAAACCGGACGAGCUAAAGGUCACUGUGAAGUUAAAACCACGGCCUCGAGCUAUUCACAGUGGCCUGGAUGACAGCCGUCAUAGUAAGAAAUGGAAAGGAAUGAAGUGGAAGAAAUGGAAUAUUCAGUUUGUUAUCCCUAAGAUGCCUUUCAGAACUCAGUGUGAUGAUGAUAUUGAUGACUUUUUAAGAAGAUUGGGGACAUCAUUAAGGCCAGACCCGCUGCCUAAAGACUUCAGGAAAUGUUGCUUUUGUCACGAGGAAGGUGAUGGAGUAACAGAUGGACCAGCAAGACUGCUCAACUUAGACCUUGACCUCUGGGUCCAUUUAAACUGUGCUCUUUGGUCCACGGAGGUUUAUGAGACACAGGCUGGUGCCUUAAUUAACGUAGAACUAGCAUUAAGAAGAGGUCUGCAGAUGAAAUGUGUGUUCUGUCACAAAACUGGAGCCACCAGCGGUUGUCACAGGUUGAGAUGCACCAAUAUUUAUCACUUCACCUGUGCAACUAAAGCACAAUGCAUGUUUUUCAAAGACAAAACUAUGCUUUGCCCCAUGCACAAGCCAAAGGGAGCACAUGAGCAGGAACUUACUUAUUUUGCAGUCUUUCGAAGAGUUUACGUACAACGUGAUGAAGUGAGGCAGAUAGCAAGCAUAGUCCAGCGUGGGGAACGUGACCACACUUUCCGCGUCGGAAGUCUGAUCUUCCAUACAAUCGGUCAGCUGCUGCCGCACCAAAUGCAGGACUUCCAUUCUGUGACUGCUCUCUUCCCAGUAGGUUAUGAAGCCAGCAGACUGUACUGGAGCAUGCGCUAUGCCAACAAACGAUGCCGUUACCUCUGUUCCAUCGAAGAAAUAGACGGAUUACCAUUGUUUACUAUUAGAGUCAUUGAACCAGGUCAUGAAGAUGUCGUUCUUAUUGAUUCCACCCCAAAAGGUGUUUGGGAUAAAAUUUUGGAGCCUGUUGCAAACUGCAGAAAAGAUUCCGAAAUCCUCAGGCUGUUCCCAGUCUUCCUGAAAGGGGAAGAUCUGUUUGGUUUAACAGUCUCUGCUGUUACACGGAUAGCAGAAUCGCUCCCAGGUGUGGAAGCCUGUGAGAAUUACACUUUUCGAUUUGGCCGAAACCCCUUGAUGGAACUGCCAUUGGCCAUCAACCCCACCGGCAGUGCUCGAUCAGAGCCCAAAAUGAACUCGCAUGUCAAGAGGUUUGUGUUAAGGCCCCAUACUUUAAACAGCACCAGCACUUCAAAGUCUUUUCAGAGCACAGUCACGGGAGAGCUAAAUGCACCGUACAGCAAGCAGUUUGUCCACUCCAAAUCCUCCCAGUACCGAAAGAUGAAGACCGAAUGGAAAUCCAAUGUGUAUCUGGCCAGAUCUCGGAUUCAGGGUCUGGGGUUAUAUGCUGCUAGAGACAUUGAAAAGCACACCAUGGUCAUUGAAUACAUUGGAACCAUUAUACGCAAUGAAGUAGCCAAUAGGAAGGAGAAGUUGUACGAGUCCCAGAAUCGUGGUGUGUACAUGUUCCGCAUGGAUAACGAACACGUCAUUGAUGCAACUCUAACUGGGGGACCUGCAAGGUAUAUUAACCAUUCAUGUGCGCCUAACUGUGUGGCUGAGGUUGUCACUUUUGAGAAGGGACAUAAAAUAAUAAUCAGCUCCAGUCGAAGAAUACAAAAGGGUGAAGAGCUUUGUUAUGAUUAUAAGUUUGAUUUUGAAGAUGACCAGCACAAGAUCCCAUGCCACUGUGGCGCUGUGAAUUGUCGGAAAUGGAUGAACUGAAUGAACUCCUUGCUACACCAAGGUUUUACAAGUCCCUGAUAUGUGACGCAACAUGCAGAGGAAAUCUACAUUUCUGUUGUAACGAACCUGCUUAGCAAGUGAAACAAGCCGCGGUCAGGAAGGAGGCCAUUGGCCAAGAAAAUCGUGGGCUUCUCGCGAAAGCCCGGAUGGUCACUUGGUUUAAGUCCGGCACUUGUGCUUUGAGCUAAGUGAAGCAAAUGGAGCAGCAGGUGGUCAUAUACAUGAAUGUAAGACUGAUAUCACCAGCGAAGUGAGAUGCCCAAAGUGCUGGACACAGCCUUAUCUGAAAAAGGGGCAGGCCCUCUAAUUAAGAAAACUAAAUAAACGUAGACACCACUGAACAAGGAAUGUACUGAAAUGACUUCCUUAGGGAUAGCGCUAAGGGAAAAUAACUUGCACUAAAAUACACUUAAAUACUUGAUUCCAUGAGUCAGUUUAUUGUAGUAGUUUUUUUUUUUCGUUUAGUUUUUUUCGGUUUUUUUUCUGUAAAAUAAGAGAAACUUUUUGUAUUUAUUGGAUAACUGAAUGAAGCUAUUUUUUAAAAGAAAAAAAAAAAUUAGAAGAAAGCCACGCUGCUGCUUUUCCCUGCAGAAUUAACGAUGUUACUUUGUACAGAAUUGUAAAUAUUUUUGCAAAUAAAAACAGUAUAAAAAAAAUAAAAAAAUAAAAUAAUAGAUUGACCAAAUGCUACCAAACUCAACAGCAGUUUGGGUGCUACUUAUGAAAUUAUAAUAGGGAUGUUACAAUAUGAUUUUGUGUUCUUAUAAUUUGCCGUUUUAAUUAGUGCUUAAUAACCAAAACCGUUAAAAGGCAAAAAAAAAUUAUUAAAUUUUUUUUUAUUAUUUUAGG